GUCGUGGAAUCGCCAGAGGCAGCAGCCAGAUUGACUUGUAGCUGCACCUUCGCCCUCGCCCUCGCCCUCGCACAGCGUCGUCUGCGCUUUUGAAGAUGAAAGAGACAUUCUUGCAGUGUUUGGAUUCGGCAUGUCCGGCAAUAGCCAUCCUUGGCAUACAGGCGUGCAGGGCUGUGCUGGAGUAUCGCCCCUUCAUAGUCAAUACGCCUACUACCAUCCAACUGCUCUUUCGUUUUUCUAUUCCAUCGCAUAUCUCCUUUGUCAUUCGUCGUCGAUAAACAUGGCUAUCCUGCGCCCUGCGACGCCAGGUUUCAUCUGCACCCUCGUUGCCACAAUCCUUCUCGCAGUCGUCUCAUUCGGCGUUCCCUUAUUAAAGUCUGUAUACUUUCUCAAGGCAAGCAUAUCAGAGGAUGGAUACAAUGGUACCAUCACCUUUGGUACAUUAGGAUACUGCUUGGACCUGUCCAACGGUACCACCUGCUCAAAGGCAUCGGUUGGGUAUGAACUCGAUAUCAACAGUCUUGUUGGAAAUGAGCUGCCCAUCGAUAUUCCCAAUGUCGCUGUCAAAUGGAUAACAUACGCCCUCGUUCUUCACAUCGUUGCCUUAUGUCUCGCCGCCAUAUCAGCUUUCUUUGGCCUCCUAGCACACGUACGGGAAAUGUCCAUGACUUGCUGCAGCACCUGUGUCUCGGGCUUCGCCGCUACCGUCGCACUUAUUGCAUUCAUCUUCGACCUUGUCCUUUUUUUCGUCGCCAAAGCACGUAUAAACUCUGUGGGAACAGCUUCAAUUGGAACCGCCAUUUGGCUGACACUAGCCGCAUGGCUACUCCUCUUCUUUAGCGGAUGCUUCUACACCAUCGGUCGCUGUUGUAUCUCAAAGCGUAAGCCUAGAGAUGAAUGGGGUAGACGCAAAGAUCGCGAGAACGGAGACUACGACGACCAGAUGCGUUUGGAUGCUGUCAAGGCAGAGGCUGACAGGAAGGCUAUGCAACAGAAAGAAAUCGGGUUAUCACCUCUGCCUGAGGCGCAGCCUCUCACUGCUCGCGUUGACGGUGACAACGUAAUCGUUGAACAACCAUAUCGCGACCAGUCUGCAUCCAACACCCUCCAGCCAGGCGGAUACGGCGGCAGGCCGGUCCAGGGGGGUGGAUACGUUGGAGGUGGCUAUGUUCAGGCGCCUGCCGGUUCUCGAGCUGUAGACGAAUACUACAAUCCAACCCAAACUACGUCGUAUCCGCCCCAACCCCAACCCCAGCCGCGUCGCCAAGGUAGCAGUAACACGGGUUAUGCUCCUUCAACGUAUGCUGCAUCGACCUAUACCUAUGCGGCUCCUGAACCUUCGUCGCCUACACAUAACCCGCCCGUUAACAACCAGUAUCUUUCCACACAUCCCCAACAACACCCUGAUCGCUAUGGUUCGCCUGUUACAUUGGGAGGAACGACUUACCAUUCACCUGCUGCCCACCAGCAGUAUCCAUCUGCGUACUCGCAGUAUGAUGCAUACGACGCUGCAUCAUCUCAAGUCCAUCCCCAGGCUCAGCAACAGUACAGCGACCCUUAUGGUAUCCGAAACUACACAACAAGCCCCCCACCGAUGUCAUCACAACCUCACUAUUAUCCUGCCCCCGUGGCCGUUCCAGCGCAGGAGCGAAACUACACCUUAGGAGGAGAUGGAUAUGGGCAGAACAGCCUGCCUCCUCUUCCUGAGCACACACAAGAACAUUCAUAUCUCUCGUAUGCUGAGCCAAACCCUCAAAUGCCUUCCCACAUAAAUACCGUCGUACCUGCAGCUGCAGAAAGGCAAACAAGUCCGAUGGGACCUCGGGCGCAUAUGUCAACGUCGUCACAACAAUAUGAUGAUAGUCCUCCACCUGGCUAUGAGGCUGGAUCGGCACUGAUCCCUGGAGGAUGGAGCGGGAAGAACUAGACGUUGAAAACAUGAUAUUUUUAUUCACGACAGACACUUCGCUUUUCUUUUUUGCACAUCUAUUCUUUGCUGUAUCUACAUAAUAUGCGUACAUACCCCCGCUGUGACGAUCUGUAACAUGAAUGUACAGGACCUACUCAUUUGUCACAGCUCGUCUCUGUGCCGGCUGCUGUGGGCAGAU